CACAGCAACCUAUCCUUCCAAAUUCCGUGCGACGCUCUCAGUAACCGCAGGACAUCCACCGGAGGAACUUGAGUGGCACCAUUGUGUUCAUAUUCUCGAUCAGGAUGGCCGGAAAAUGUGUUCUCAGAUCAACAAUGCUGUGCCUAAUGGUCUUCGCGCUCUUCUCCGCGGCCGGUGCUGCCUCCGCUGCCAGGCCUGAGGCAAUGCAGUGCGGGCCUUGUAAUCCCAACCGGUGUCCUGCCAUUGGGCAAUGUCACCGCGGGAUAACAUGGGAUGUGUGCAACUGCUGCGAAGUCUGCGCUAAGGGUCUGGACGAGGAGUGCGGUGGACCUUGGGGCGCGUACGGCAAAUGUGGGUACGGCCUCACAUGCCUCAAGGACGCCAGGGAGUGCCCCUACCUAUUCCAUCCUCGAGGCUCUGGCGCAGAUACUGGGUCGAAUAUUUGCGAUGAUUAUCUGUUCAAUGGUGAGGCCUAAAACUUGUAAAACUGAGA